CCAUGAUGCAUCAACCAUCAAAAAUGCUAACAUAUCAGACUGACUCUACAUUGAUUGGUCAAUGUCAAAAAAUGGACCAUAGAAAUUAAAUCAAUAGCUAUGAUUAUCCAAAUUUCAGUGUCUACAUAAGAAUACCCCCAACAUGACCAACAACAACAACAGCAAUAUACGCCUAAAUUAUUGAUACAAAUAGUAAGACAAGCGGUUGAUUUAUAUGGGUUGCUAGAAUUUAUUUAACAACACAUAAAAUAGAAUGACCCCUUAUCCUCAAGGGAAUCCGGACAUUUCAAAUUGUAACAAAAAUGAUUCAACAUUACUUUCAAAUGAUGAUUACAUAAUACACACCUCAUCUAUUCGAUUGCCUUUCAUAGCUGCUGGUUUAGUAAAUGCUGCAGUCGCUGAACUUUUAAAUCAAUUGUCAUGUCGAUUCUUUGAAAUGGCUAUAAUUACAUCGAAAAUUGUAGACAGUGAGAAAGAUUCUUUAGUUGAACAAAAAAGUAAUAAUGAAGAUAUCAAUAAUAAUGCACAAAAUUCAUACAAUAAUAGUAACUCAUCAAUUUUUCCACAAAAUGAACGACUUACUAAUACUACUACUAAUACUGAUACUACACAAAACCAAUCAGAGUUGCAGAAAACAAUGCAAACGGAGUUAGAUAAUCUAAGCGCUUUAUCACCUGAUCAUAUGCCAAUUUUAAAACCUAUUAAUCAAGAUGUAAUUACCACUCCACUUCCUGUUCCGCCUCAUCAUGAUACUGCUGCUGUUUCGCCUUCUUCCAUAUCAUCAACAGUUUCUUUGUUAACAAACUCCACGACGAAUUGUAAUUUUCGUUCAGAGGCAAUGAAAAUUAAAGAAGAAUCAGAAAUAGAGUAUACACAAGAAUUGAACAUUGAUCAUGGUGGCGAUACCAUGAACACUAAUAAUAAUAAUAAUAUUCAUGACUAUUCUAUACAACAUGCAAAUCAUUAUUUAACUAAUCAAACCAACAAUCAAUAUUCAUUACAACAAAUACAUCAAUCACAAAAUCCCUCACAAUCUAAUUUAACACGUGUUACUACUACAGUGGAUUAUUUAAAACGUUAUCCAUGUACAUAUCGUGGUUGUGGAAAAGUAUUUUUCAGUCGAACAAGUCUUAUUUAUCAUAAACAAAGUCAUGCAAUUGAAAAACCUUAUAUAUGUACUUAUCCUAAUUGUAAUGUGACAUUUUGUAAUGAAAAUUUAUUAAAAACACAUAGACAAUUACAUGAACCAAAACAAUUACGUGAACGUUUUUCAUGUACAUUACCAGGAUGUAAUAAAGUAUUUGUUACACGUGAAUGUCUCAUUGAACAUAUACGUGUACAUACUGGUGAAAGACCAUUUCAAUGUGAUUAUCCAGGAUGUACACAUCGUUUUGCUAGACGUUGUAAUUUAUUUGCACAUAAACGUGUACAUUUAGAUAAAAAUCAACGUCGUCAAUAUCAUUGUAUACAUAUAGGUUGUGGCAAAACAUUUUUAUAUUCACGUAGUUUAACUGAACAUAUGAAUGUACAUUUAGGUGAACGUCCAUAUGUUUGUGAUUAUGUAGGAUGUGAAAAAAGUUUUACAAGUAAGAGUUAUUUGUAUGCACAUAGACGAAUACAUUUAAGUAGUAUGAAUAAAUCAAUGAAUUCUGUAUGUUCUCUAGCAUCUAGUAAUAAUAAUAAUCAACCAUUUGAUUUGAAUAAUACUUGUACUAACACUACUACUACUUCUACUACUACUACUACUACUAAUACUACUCAUAAUAAUAAUAUUCCAUCAAUCCCAGUCAGUGUAACUAUACCAGUACUUCAAUCAAUACAUUAUCCAUUUCCUCAAUCAAUUUUAUCAAAUAAACAUCAACUUUUACAACAACAACAUCAACAACAACAAUCACAUCAACAUCAACGUAUUCAAUCACAAUUAUCACAUUCUCUUUUAACGCCUACUAACAUGACUAUGCCUAAUCAUCAUCAACAUCAUCAUCAUAUCUCAACUCAUUUAUUCUAUCCAAAUCAGCAUAAUUAAUUUGUAUUUAUUUAUACACACAUUACAUUUCAUUUAUUCAUAUUCAUACAGAAAGCUUUGAAUGUACUCAUUUUUUUUUAAUGACUUACUUAUUGAUCGAUCGAUUGACUGAUUGAUUGGAUUUUUUUUGGGGCGGGGGGGAGGAACAUAUUCUUCAUUAUUUAUAUAUUAGAAAAUAAACAGUGAUUCUCAACCUAUCAAUGCAUAAUAUUAAUAAUAAUUAUUAUAAUAAUACUUAAAAGUUUAAUAUAUGUAUACAUAAUCUGUUGUUUUUGUUUAACAUACGUUGUUUUGUUUUGCUUGUCAUUUGUUA